UCGUCAGUGAUAAUGAGGGUCACAGGGAGCCAUUAUAAAUAAGGCCGAGAUCCGCUCAGACGCACAGUGUAUCGGAUAGUAAAUGUAACACCGCUGUUUCUUACUUACGAUUAAAAUUAAAUAAAGUCAUACAAAAAUGCCGUGGACUAGUACCAACAGAAUUUACGCAAAACCCUCGAAUACGGGUUCUAGUGAUGUAACUGCGUACGCGUCGACAGGCGCUAAGGCUGCUGCUACGGCCGCGGCUGACUCCGGAGGCCGCUUCGAAUUGAGCGAUCAUGGAUAUGGAAAGAAUUCUAUCAAACUGUUACAUGUACACCGUGACGGAGAAUAUCACGUGAUCAGGGAGUUCGAAGUGUCCACGGAAUUGAAACUUACCUCGGAAUCUGCAUACGUUAUUGGAGAUAACAAGGAAGUUGUAGCAACUGACUCGCAGAAGAAUACCGUCUAUUUAUUGGCGAAGAAACAUGGAAUCAAAACCCCAGAAGAAUUUGGCGCCGUUGUAGUGAAUCAUUUUCUGUAUACCUACAGACAAGUGGUAGAAGCGAAGUGUCAUAUUGUAGAGUAUCCGUGGGAGAGAUUGCAAGCUGGAAUUCCUCAUAAUCACGCUUUUAUUUUUGCACCAACGGCGACAAGGUGGUGUGAAGUUUUUCAAGCAAGACAUGAUGCUGUCACUGUGAAAUCUGGCUUAAAAGGUCUUCGCGUUCUUAAAACAACGCAAUCCGCUUUUGUUGACUUUGUACAGGACGAAUAUACGACACUAGCCGAUGCUCCUGAGAGAAUAUUCAGUACUAUAGUGGAAGCUGAGUGGACCUACGACAACAUGAAAUCCGCUGAUUUUGAUAACGCGUGGUUGACCGUGAAAGAAGCUAUUCUAGAGAAAUUCGCCGGCCCUCCAGAGACCGGUGUCUACUCGCCCUCGGUUCAACAUACUUUAUAUCAAGCUGAAAAAACCGUACUAGAGAAAGUUGCAGAGAUCUCGUGGAUCCGAAUGACGAUGCCAAACAGGCAUUACCUCAACAUUGACGUUUCCAAAUUCCCCGCCAACGUAACGAAGGGCGAUCCUCGUCAUUUUAUUUACCAACCCAUAGACAAGCCGGCGGGUGUGAUUUACGCCCAGCUUAGAAGACGGCCUAAAAGCCAUUUGUGACCGUGACUUACCAAUAAUUUAUACACGUUUUAGAUAUUUAUGAAAUUCUAACAGGACUGUAAUAGAAACAAAAUAUUCUUUUGCAUUGUCCUGUAAAGUGAUUAAUUCGAGUAACAAGUUCUUCUGUCAAGGAUAAAGACAUCCCUAUGUUAUCGAUAAAGAAUUUUCAUAAUAAUUUUAUCUCGAAGGACUUUGCGCUUUGUAUGGCGGAGAAUGUAAAGAAAUGUCUAGUCAAGGAUUGUCACAAGUACUGUGUUUGAUGAAAUAAGUGGUUUAUGUUAAAGGAAUGUUUAUUUUAAAUAAUUUACAAAUUGAUGUUAAUUAGUUUAUAAUUUUUAUAUUAAUAUUAAUAUAUGAAUAAAUGGAAUAAGUAUUAA